CUCUAAAAAGAAGACCCGGUCAUCUCCAAAACCUUGACGAUGCUGUCCAAUGCUCUCUCUGUUUCCCAAUUUAUAGUUUCCAGCCCAAAAAAACCGCUGAAAAUUUCUGCCGCCAGAGGUUGGUAGUAUCCACCUACAGUUUCCUGACUGGAAAAAGUGUCAUCGUACAUCAAUUGUGGACGGGUCUUGUGAGAUUUUUAUUGCAGCUUUUACGUCAGGCACACAUUCGGACAGGCGCCACAUAAGUGUACGAAUAAUGUAAUAGAACAAAUUCUCUACUGUUUGAUAGCCUUUUCUCACCAAAAUAGGCUACAGUUUCAGUUUAGUUUAGUUUAGUGUACUCCACAACAGGUCAAAAUUACGUUGUCCAGUCAGUAACUUUUUGAAUUAUCCAAUUAUUCGUGCCUUUUCCCCCUUAUGGCCGGCCCAGGCACUUUCUCUGACGAACCGUUGACUCCCUCCGGCCGCCUUUUUCUUCAGCCACAAACAAACGUCGUCAUCCACUGUAUCGUCCGUGGCAAAAACCCCUUUGACAUAGAUUCCGUUAAAUCGGCCGUUAAGUCUUCCUUGAUGGUUCAGCACCCCAGAUUCUGCAGCCUGCUUGUUCGUGACAAAAAUGGGUUUGAGCACUGGAGAAGAACCCAGCUGGAUAUUGACCAACAUGUCAUCGUCAUCAAUAACCGGCUCGAUAAAUCAGGCAAUUUCCUGGACGAAAGCCAAGGUUUUAGCAGAGUAGAAGAAGAAGAAGAUGAUGAUGAAGCAGCAGUGAAUCAAUACGUCGCUGAUUUAUCAGUGAGCAGUCCUUUAAGUACGGACAAACCUUUGUGGGAAUUACAUAUCCUGAUGGCGCACAAGUGCACUGUGUUUAGGAUUCAUCAUGCUUUGGGGGAUGGAAUCUCUUUGUUGUCCAUGUUGAUGGCCAGCUGCAGGAGGGCAGAUGAUGCAGAUGCGCUUCCCAGGUUGGCUCCCGAGAAGACUCCGGAAUUUAAGGGCGGGAAAGGAAGGGAUUGGUUUUGGUUGUUUAUUGUCAUCUGGGGGUUUUUGAAGAUGGUUUGGUUCACUCUGAUGUUUGUCACGGAGUUUGGGAUCAGGAGUUUGUUUGUUUCUGACAGGAAAACGGUGAUUAUUGGUGGUGACGGGGUGGAGCUCUGGCCUAGGAAACUGGCUACUGCCAGGUUCUUGCUCGAGGACAUGAAGGCGGUGAAAAAGGCUAUUCCCAAAACUACCAUUAAUGAUGUCCUCUUUGGGGUGGUGUCAUCUGGUCUAUCAAGAUACUUAGAUCACCGAACACCAAAUGCCUUGCAGGAGGGCCUUCGUAUGACAGGAGUAGCGAUGGUUAAUUUGAGAGCACAGCCAGGGUUGCAGGAUUUAUCCAAAUUAGUGAUGGGGAAUUCAGAAGCCCGAUUGGGUAACAAAUUUGGUGUAAUUCUCCUCCCUGUUUACUAUCAUAAAGGUGGUAACAAUCCUUUAGAGUAUUUGAAGAGAGCAAAGACGAUGAUUGACAGGAAGAAACACUCUCUGGAGGCUUACUUCUCGUACAGAAUCGGGGAUCUUGUAAUGUCAAUGCUAGGACCAAAGUAUGCUAGUUUGCUUAAUUACAGACUCCUUUGCAAUACUACCUUCACGAUCUCAAACUUGAUUGGCCCUUUAGAGGAAAUUACAAUUGCAGGCAACCCCGUCUCUAGUAUUAAGGUCAAUACAUCCAGCCUACCACAGGCUAUCACAAUGCACAUGUUGAGCUAUGCCGGUAGAGCUGAAAUGCAAAUUCUUGUAGCUAAAGAUAUCAUCCCUGACCCAGAGUUUCUGGCUAAAUGCUUUGAAGAUGCCUUACUUGAAAUGAAGGAGGCAGCAAUAGGGACCUAUAAAGCAUAGAAAAACUUUUAUUUAGGUGUACAAGAGAAAUUCAUGGAGAAUUUUCUGUACACAUAACAUUUAUCACAUGAAAAUCCCAGUGAAUUCUUUUUACCUCCUUUCCUGUCAAUGUUCCGUUGCUAUCAUAAUCUCCUUACAAGUUACAAAUUUGUACCAAGCAAAUUCAAUGUAUCAGAAUAUUUGACCAGUACCAAAAGGUACGGACAAGGGUGUCUCUAUA